AUGGGCUUGAGGCAAUCUCUGCAAGGAGCAGAUGUGCCACAGGCCCGCACCAUUUACCUCAAUGAACCCCUUAGGAACACUUUCUGCAAAAACUCCAUCAGCACAGCCAAGUACAGCAUGUGGUCGUUUCUCCCUCGAUAUUUGUAUCUGCAGUUUAGCAAAACUGCCAACGCCUUCUUCCUGUUCAUCACUAUAUUGCAGCAAAUUCCAGACGUAUCUCCGACGGGAAAAUACACAACUCUGGUGCCUCUGCUAGUUAUUCUUGUAAUUUCAGGCAUUAAAGAGAUUGUAGAAGAUUAUAAACGACAUAUGGCAGACAAAUUAGUUAACUCAAAGAACACAAUAGUGUUAAGACAGAAUGCAUGGCAAAUGAUUCUGUGGAAAGAGGUUAAUGUGGGUGACAUUGUGAAGGCCACCAAUGGGCAGUUCCUUCCUGCAGACAUGGUCCUGAUUUCUUCCAGUGAACCUCAGGCAACGUGUUUUGUUGCAACAUCUAAUCUGGAUGGAGAGACGAAUCUAAAAAUACGACAGGCUUUGUCAGAAACAGCUGCCAUGAAAACAGAAAAGCAAUUGUCAAGCCUAUCUGGAAAAAUAAAAUGUGAAGGGCCUAAUUUUCAUUUCAACAGUUUUGUGGGGACCUUGUACCUAAAUAGUAAAAGCCCUAUUUCAAUUGGGCCUGACCAGGUCUUGCUGAGAGGUACACAGCUUAAAAACACUGAGUGGAUCCUGGGCAUAGUUGUUUACACUGGAUUUGAAACUAAAUUCAUGCAGAAUGCCGUCAAGUCACCCCUCAAGAGAUCCAAGGUGGAGAAGGUGACCAACGUGCAGAUCCUGGUGUUGUUCCUGCUGCUGUUGGUCAUGUCCUUGGUGAGCUGUGUGGGAGCCAUAUUCUGGAGAGACAGGUACAGAGCAGAGCCCUGGUACAUCGGGAAGAAAGAUUAUGACUAUCACAGCUUUGGGUUUGAUCUUUUGGUAUUCAUCAUCUUGUACCACAAUCUCAUCCCCAUUAGUCUGCUGGUCACUCUGGAAAUUGUGAAAUACAUCCAGGCCCUGUUUAUAAACUGGGAUGAAGAUAUGCAUUUUAAGGGAAGUAAUGUCUAUGCCAUGGCCAGAACAUCCAAUCUUAAUGAAGAGCUUGGGCAGGUGGAAUACUUAUUCUCUGAUAAAACAGGAACCCUCACUUGCAAUAUUAUGACAUUUAAGAAGUGCAGUGUUGCUGGUAUAAUGUAUGGUCAGUCUCCUUGUUCCAUCUCAGACUCCUAUGAAUUCAAUGACCCAGCAUUGUUGCAGAACUUUGAGAAUGAUCAUCCCACGAAAGAGUAUAUAAAGGAAUUUCUUACUCUGUUGUGUGUGUGCCACACUGUUUUUCCAGAGAGAGAGGGAAACAACAUAAGCUACCAGGCCUCCUCUCCAGAUGAAGCAGCUUUAGUGAAAGGAGCCAAGAAACUUGGCUUUGUUUUCACCGCAAGGAUGCCGAACGCUGUCACCAUAGAAGCUAUGGGAGAAGAACUCACAUUUGAAAUACUUAAUGUACUGGAAUUUUCUAGUAACAGAAAGAGGAUGUCUAUAAUUGUCCGAACUCCUGAAGGACAGCUACGGCUCUACUGCAAAGGAGCCGAUUCAGUGAUUUAUGAGAGACUUUCAGAAAAUUCUCUCUUUGUGCAGGAGACAUUAGUCCAUCUGGAAAAUUUUGCUAAAGAAGGUCUGAGAACUCUCUGUGUUGCCUACAUAGACUUAACUGAAAUAGAGUAUGAGCGGUGGCUGGUCAUGUAUAAGAAAGCCAGCACAGUGGUACAAGACAGAAUACAAAGUCUGGAAGACUGUUAUGAUAGAAUUGAACAGAAGUUCCUACUACUUGGAGCCACGGCUAUUGAGGAUCGCCUUCAAGCACGUGUUCCAGAAACGAUAACAAGUCUAUUGAAAGCGAACAUAAAAAUAUGGGUCUUGACAGGAGAUAAACAAGAAACUGCAAUUAACAUAGCUUAUUCCUGUAAACUGUUAUCAGGUCAAAUGCCGCGUAUCCAAUUGAAUGCAAAUUCAUUAGAGGCAACACAACAGGUGAUUAAUCAGAACUGCCAAGAUCUUGGAGCACUGUUAGGUAAAGAAAAUGACCUGGCCCUAAUCAUAGAUGGUAAAACAUUGAAAUAUGCCCUCCAUGUUGAAGUUAAGAAGUGCUUCCUUAAUUUGGCCCUCUCAUGCAGAACAGUAUUAUGUUGUAGGUUAUCUCCCCUCCAGAAGGCUGAGAUAGUGGAUGUGGUGAAGAAGCAGGUGAAGGCCAUCACCCUGGCCAUCGGGGAUGGUGCCAACGACGUGGGGAUGAUCCAGACGGCCCAUGUGGGUGUGGGCAUCAGUGGGAAUGAAGGCAUGCUGGCCACCAACAACUCUGAUUAUGCCAUUGCUCAGUUUAGCUACUUGGAGAAGCUUCUGUUGGUUCAUGGAGCUUGGAAUUAUUUUCGAGUGACCAAAUGCAUACUGUAUUGUUUCUAUAAGAAUGUUGUGUUAUACAUCAUUGAGCUUUGGUUCGCCAUUGUUAAUGGAUUUUCUGGGCAGAUUAUAUUUGAACGUUGGUGCAUCAGCUUGUACAACGUGAUUUUCACGUCACUGCCACCCUUUACCCUCGGAAUCUUUGAACGGUGUUGUAGUCAGGAGAGCCUGCUCAGGUACCCACAACUCUACAGAAUUUCUCAGACAGGUGAUAUUUUCAACAUAAAGGUGCUUUGGAUUCAAAGUAUAAAUGCUAUUGUCCAUUCAUUCAUUCUCUUCUGGUUGCCUGCAAAAAUGCUGGAGCAUGAUAUGGUCUCGCAAGGUGGUUACACUACAGACUAUUUGUUUCUUGGAAAUUUUAUAUAUACGUAUGUUGUUGUCACUGUUUGUCUGAAAGCUGGUUUGGAGACGCUGUCUUGGAAUAAAUUUACCCAUUUCGCCAUUUGGGGCAGCAUAAUGAUUUGGCUGGGGUUUUUUGCGGUUUACUCCUCCCUCUGGCCCACUGUUGCUGUUGCUCCUGAGAUGACAGGACAGGUCAAUAUGGCUCUGAUGUGUCCACACUUUUGGCUGGGUUUUUUCAUAGUCCCGAUUGUGUGCCUGAUUCAAAAUGUAGCGUGGAAAUCGAUUAGAAACACCUGCCACAGAACUUUGCUGGAGGACGUUCGGGAGAUGGAAAGCAGUGGAGUUCAGGUACUUCGCAGAGACUCUGCACGGAGGUGA